CUCCGACACGAUACACACAUCGCUAUCCGAAAUUCCGGCCACACACCCGUCUGUGCGCGCCUGCGGUCGGCCGCCGUCACUUUGUAGUAGCCCGUAGUGUGGGGAGCAGAGGAGUGAUCGCCGGAGUGUGUGGAAACCCGCUAGUUGAUUGAAUCCAAGCACCCACUCUCUCCCUGCCCCUCUUUCUCUUUGUCUCAGUCUACAGGAGAUAGACUGAGCUCCAAUCGAACUCUAAUCGAACGAAAUAAUCGCCUGGAACAGAGCAGUUGUCUAACGAGUGUGUGCACUAACUGUGAAUAGUGUGAACAUAAGCGCGAGUGUGUGAAAGGAACUGUUCCCGUUUCAAACGAACCUGCGUAGCGUGUGCAAAGUACUUGAAACAAUGGCAGACCAUAGCAACGACAGCAACACCGUGAAGAAGGUGGUCAAGAUCCAGGACUAUAUUUCGCCCGGCAUCUCGAGGGAGCGCAGCUUCAUACGAACCUCUAACCAACAGAGCAACAACAACAAACGGCGCAGCUUGGCCUUCACCCAAAGCCAGGCCCAUCAGCACGCCCAGCAACAGCUUCGUGAAGGACGCCUGGAUGGAAUACAAAACAAUAAGCUGAACGUGCACGCCCAGGAGUUCCAAAUGCACAAUCUCCCGCUCAACGAUCACCGUUUUCCGCUGCAGGCCUCCAGAUCGUUAAACAUCUAUAGCGGUGCCCUGCAGCACUCCAAAUCGAACGUCACCAUGCCAUUGGGUAUGCACGGUCGGCAGCAUCAUCCGAUGCACCUUGGCACCAUCGGUAGCCCGGUGCAGCGGAACUCGCUGAUGAUGCCCCCAAGCCAUGCGGCCCAGUUGCACCACAUCGGUAUGCCGUUGCAGCACUCGCACAUGCCGCUAGUGAACUCACCAUCCAGCAGCAACAUCCUUCACUCUAGCGGCCACCGCGUCAAGUUCGCGCCGGAACCGCUGCUUCACUCAGCACACGCAAACAAUAACAUUUAUCAGCCAAACAAAAACAACAACAACAACAACAGUAACAGCAACAGCUCGGCACACACCAUCACCAGCCCUAGCGGUGACAACAGUAACAACCAACCGAAUUUGGCACCAUUGCAGCGCUCCAAGUCUCUCUCGUCGGCGGACACGCUGGCCCGUGGAUUGGCCAGCCUGGGGCUUGGGAUCGGCUCGGAGGGCAACGAUAUCGGAAUGUUUGCGCCGGAGGUGCAGGCCGCCAUCAACAGUGCGAUCGACGAUCCGAAUCAGCUCAAUGCGCGCUGCCUGAUGGAUCUGGCCACGCAGCUUCUGCAUCGUGCCGUCGAAGGACGUCGGUACUCCCUUCCGAUAUCACGUCUCUGCAUUUCGAUCAUCGCCAAAGAGAAGAAGGAAACGUUCCUGGAGGCGCUACUCAACACGUGCCGCCAGUGGUACCAGGAGCGGGAUAAGGUGCUGGGGCCGCUGCAGAACUCGAAGAACCCGUCGCGACCACGCUUUACCUCGUUCAUGGCGUUUCUCACCGAGAUGUUCUGUCAGUUGAAGCGCCGGCAGCUGCAGCUACGCACCGAGUGUGAUGGCGUACCGCCACCGCUCGUCCUGCUGACCGUCCUUGGCAAGUGCUGUGAGGAUUGUGUCCGGCCACCGGUUCGAUCACUCUCGGAGAUCGAAUGUUUGUUCUUCGUACUGACGUGUAUCGGGCGGGAUCUGGAGACACAUUUGCCGCAACAACUGGAAUCACUGCUGGCCGGGGUGCGUGAUGCGUUCCUCAACUCGGCCGCCUCUGCACCGGCCAUUCGCCGUACGCUGUUGCAGUUGAUCGAGCUGCAGGCAUCGCACUGGCAGCUGCCCGGUAACACCGUCCUCUACUACUAUCCUUCGUCCAAGUGAUUCGUAGGCGGGUAGAGUGGACUUUUUGAUGGACUGCAAGUCUGGUACCGACAAAAAACGCCGACCACGACGCUUCUACAAACGGAUCGGAACGGUUCGGACUGGUUCCACCUUCCCCAGUGUAGCGCGAUCAGACUACAUUCCAUCAUUGGUUUUCGACGAUUCUUAUCCAGUUUGCUCGUAUCUUAUCUAUCAUUAUAACAACAACAACAAUCACUACCUAAUGCUACUACUACAACUAAACGCGAUACGAAGCGAUUCGACCUCUUCGCUGAAAUGCUUAAAACCUCCCCCUCAAACGACGAUCAGGGACGAUCCCUUGAAAGCUACAAAAAAGAACAAAGCAAAAACAAAAGGAACAAAAAAAAAUUUGAGAGCAAAAAUGUGCUCCCUUUAAUUUAAUAUUUUAACUUAUUUGCAAAACAUGUGCUCGCUGUCGCACAUCUACUACUCGCGGCUGGUCGGCCGCGAUGCGUCGGACUGCCUUUAACUUACCAGCCGGUGAUGGUGGUGGUGAUUGGCGAAAUGAAACGAAAAUUCUGCUCCUCUAACCCAUUACGAAACGAUUGAUUACGAAUUGAAUUGAUGGGUACACCUGGACCGACACGCGUUGGGGCGGGAACGGGUGCCCAUCUUUACGAAUGAUUGUGCGUCAUGCUCGGGCUCACGCAGGUGAGUCGAGUUGGUCGCCAGCCAGCCAGUCAGUCAGCCAACCAGGCUAUUACAGACGAGCUUGGAACUAGUGCCAUCGAUUGAUAGCAAGACGGUCAAGCUAGAGAGCUAGUGGAAUUGCACGGUUUGCUACGAUUGCUACGUGCCGAGGACCCAGCCGAGGUCCUCCAGCACGAUCAACGCACGCAACGGUUGCAUCACAGUACCCCCCCAUUUAUCCUAGUCAGUUAAGAAAAAGAUGGAACAAACACCUCUAAUCGCCCAGAUCGAAGGAUUGGGUGGCCAUCGCCUACGUCUUGGCCCUUUUGCAUGGCACCAAAACUGGCGCACUCACGGGGAUGUGAGAUAAGUUUAACUUUUGUUUCUUAAUUUAUAAUUCUUAUUAUAACAUAUCGCUCACGCACGCCCGCAUGGACGAACACGGAUCUAUAUAGCCUAUAUACAAGUGAACCUGUGAAUUUGAAUGUUGUGGGAUCGCAAUAAAACUGAAUCUUUUUAGUCUUUAUAGAA